UACCCCUCUCUUUCUCUCUUUCUUUCUCUCUCUCCCUCUCUCCAGAUGAAACUUGAAGUAUUCUGUGGAAACCACCACAACGAGGUGAAAUCUUUGCAGGAGCUGUGCAGCGAUGCCGAGGGCAGCGUCCGCUCGCCUCUCUCCGGUGAGGAAGAGUUGGGUUCGGAUGGGGACUGCGUGGCGCACAGCCCGCCACCUGUCACACCCGGCGCAGACGGCAUAGGCAUGGGCAAACCGUACAUACGGAGACCAAAACCUCCGUACUCUUACAUCGCACUUAUUGCCAUGGCUAUCCGUGACUCAACAUCUGGUCGUCUGACUCUGGCAGAGAUCAAUGACUAUCUGAUGAAAAAGUUUCCAUUUUUCCGGGGCAGCUACACUGGUUGGAGAAAUUCGGUGCGCCACAACUUGUCACUUAACGACUGUUUUCUAAAGGUCCUCCGGGACCCGUCUAGACCCUGGGGAAAAGACAACUACUGGAUGCUGAAUCCUCACAGCGAGUACACCUUCGCUGACGGAGUGUUCCGACGCAGGAGAAAGCGCAUCAAUAAAAAAACAGGCAAAGAGCAAGACGUCUCUGACCCUGCUGCCGACGAGAACGCACAAGUCACCAUAACCUCCACACCACCAGCCACUAACACCGGACCCAGCAGUGCCAAGUUCUCCAGUUCCUUCGCUAUAGACAGUAUCCUCAGCAAACCGUUCAAGAGACAGGAGUGGGCAGAGGAUUCUCCCACCGUUGCUGCAUUACCGUGGCCCGGUUACACUCAGAUGAUGCCACACAUUAUGAGAGGAUCACCUGUCGCCUUGCCACAUCACGCCCAGUCGAUGUUCCAUGUGGACUCAUACGCUGCGCAUGUGCUAAGGGCAUACGGUGGUGGAUUUUAUUCAGAGGUGGACAAUCGAAAAGACAGUUACCCCGCAGAAUAUUAUUCAAAGGCAUAA